AUGGGUUGGGUCAUGUCUGCGUUCGCGCUGGGCUAUGCACUGUUUCAGGUGCCCAGCGGAAAACUGGCCGACCGCUACGGCCCGCGGGUUGUGCUGUCCGUCGUCUGUCUGGUGUGGUCCGCCUUUACCGCGCUGACGGGCGUGGUGCGCGGGCUGUUCGCGAUGAUCGGACUGAGGUUUCUGUUUGGAAUGGGCGAGGCCGGCGGCUACCCGACGAUCGCGCGCGCGUUUUCUUCGUGGCUGCCGAUGAACGAACGUGGGAUCGCUAAUUCCGUCAGUUUUUCCGGCGGACGGCUCGGAGCGGCACUGGCGAUGCCGGGAGUCGUGUGGCUGAUCGGUCAGCUCGGCGGCUGGGAACAGACCUUCUGGUUCUUCGGAGCGGUCGGAAUUGCCUUCGCCGCGCUCUGGUUUGUUCUGUUUCGUGAUACACCGGAACAGCACUUCGCAGUGUCCCCGGAAGAACGCGAAUACAUCAGAGCGAACCGCCAGCCGAAAGCGUUGCCGCCGGUUGAUGCUCAACCCGGCGAUGCGGCUGCUGCAGAAGCGACGACGUUUGGCACAGCUUCGCAGACCGACGAGGAACCCUCGGUGCGAUUCGCCGACAUGCUGCGAUCACCGAACAUGAUCAUGCUGAUGGUUCAGUAUGUGGCGCACAACUUCACUUUCUUCUUCACCGUGACGUGGUUCUUUCCGUAUCUGCGCGACAGCUACUCGCUGACUCAGUCGCAAACCGGCUGGUACGCGGCUUUGCCGUUGCUGUGCGGUGUCGCCGGCAACUGGCUGGCCGGCAUUACCGUCGACCGGCUCUAUAGCGCAGGACACUGGCGACUGUCACGCGCGAUCCCGGCAGCUGCCGGAUUCGUGUUUGGUGCGAUCGGGAUGAGUCUGUGUGUGAACAUGACUUCGCCGGCCGCGGCCGUGGCGUGCAUGUGCGUCGCAAUUUUCGGGGCAGAUAUGAUCUUAAGCCCGUCGUGGUCCACCUGUAUGGACAUCGGCGGCAAAAGCGCAGGCGCAGUCUCCGGCGCGAUGAAUAUGGUGGGGAACCUGGGAUCGUUUACCACAGCACUUGCGUUUCCAUACCUGCAUGAGGCAAUGGGAUCGCAUGAACCUUUCUUCUACCUUGCGGCCGGACUGAACGUGGCGGCCGUGUUUAUAGCAUCCAGCGACGACAUCAUGAGCCAACUUAAAGCAGCCGUCAUCGGGACCGGCUAUUUCAGUCACUUUCAUUUUGACGCCUGGCAACGCAUUUCUGAGGUCGAUGUGGUCGCCUGUUGCGACACAGAUCUGCUGAAAGCGCAGGCGGCAGCCGACCAGUUCGGGGUUCCUCAGGCCUACGACAAUUACCAGACCAUGCUGGACGAACACGAAGUCGAUUUCGUCGACAUCGUCACUCGCCCGGACACUCAUCUGACGAUCGUCAAAGAGGUCGCGUCGCGCGGAAUGGCGAUGAUCUGUCAGAAGCCGCUGGCUCCGGACAUGACGCAGGUUCAUGAACUUCUACAGACCGUGCGCGACGCCGGUGUGCGGUUUAUGGUGCACGAAAACUUUCGCUUUCAGCCGUGGUAUCGCGAAGUGCAUCGCCUGCUGGAAGCCGGCGAAAUCGGCGACCGCCUGCACACGCUCACGUUUCGCAAUCGUGCGGGAGACGGCUGGGGAGAUGACGCCUAUCUGGCUCGGCAGCCUUACUUUCAGACGAUGAAGAAGUUUCUGAUCUUCGAAGCCGGGAUCCACACAAUCGAUACCUUCCGCUAUCUGGGCGGUGAAAUCCGUCGAACAUGGUGCGUGCAUCGGAAACUGAAUCCGGUGAUUGCCGGUGAAGACACGGCUUUGGGAAUCUUCGAAUUCGACCGCGGCGGCAUGGCUGUGUAUGACGCCAAUCGCUUCAACGAAUCAACGGCCGAAAACCCACGUUACACGUUUGGCGAAUUACUGGUGGAAGGCAAUGGAGGUUCCAUCCGCCUGUACGACGACGCUCGACUGGCCAUCCAGCGACUCGGCGAAGAUGAACGCGACCAUCCGUAUUCGCCAGGAACGCAUGGCUUUGCCGGCGACUGCGUCUUUGCGACUCAGAAACAUUUCGUGGACGGACUGCUGCAGGACCAACCCUUCGAAACCGAUGGCGACAGCUACCUGAAAAGUAUUGCCGUGCAGGAAGCGAUGUACCAUUCCGACCGUAUGAACGUGAUCGAUCUGACGCUGACUCUGAAGCACGGAAUGCGAGGAGUAGAAUUCGAAACGAAGUACACGGUUGCCGAACAUGGCUGGAACGCUCGCACGCUGCAUCUGUAUUCGCACUGCGGCACUCACAUGGAUUCGCCCGUGCAUUUCGACGCCGGCGAGCAGACCAUUGAUCAGAUCUCACUGAACGACUGCAUCGGCCGAGCGUGGGUUGUCGAUCUGACCGACAUUAAACCGAAGACGCCGAUCACCGUUAGUCAUCUUCGCAAAACAGAAUCGAAGGUCGAGUCCGGUGACGCCCUGCUGCUGCGGACCGGGUGGAGUCAGCAUAUCGACCGCCCGGACUAUUACCGGGAUCACUUUCCGCCCAUCAGUCGCGAACUGGCCGAAUGGAUGGUUCAGCGUGGCGUGCGAAUGGUGGGAGUCGAACCGCCGUCGGUUGCCGAUGUCAACGAUCUGGCGGCAGUGACGGAGAUCCACAACGUCCUGCUGGGCGCAGGAAUUAUCAUCGUGGAAGGUCUCGCGAAUCUCGACCGCAUCCGCAACUCCCCCUGCCUGUUCGGAGCCCUUCCGCUGAAAGUCGCCGCCGGCGACGGAGCUCCCUGCCGAGCGUUCGUGAUCGAGGACUGGAACGACGCUGCGCUCUAA